CUUUGACUUCUUUGAAUUAAAUUGAACUCAUCACAAUUGUGUGUUGUUUCGAACAGGCUGGUUCAUUGCAGUCCUGAUAUGGCUAACAGAAUAAUCGUUUCAAUUUGUGCCCUAGCUGUUAUAUUUCUUUUUGGGUGUAAUGGGGAUGGCAUUCCAGCUGGGCCCUCUUUACACCUCAAUAAACAGCUAGCCACACCAAAGCAACCAUUUAUGAAGCAAAACAUAACAGCACAAAUUUUAACAAUUCUCGAGCAUUACAAACAGCGUGAUCCGGUGGGUGUGCCAGGAGCUCCCAUACCUGAUCCCCUAGCAGUGCCACCAUUUUCCCACAGGUUCAAAAUAGGAAAAAUGAAUUUCCAGAACGUAAAAAUAUACGGUUUGAAGAAAUUCCGUUUGAGACACAUGAAAGCAAAUAUUGCGAAAAUGAUUGUCGAUGUUGCUCUUGAUAUAGGCGAAUUAAAUACCUUUGGAAACUAUACAUUGUCAUCCUUCUUCACAUCAGCAAAAGGACCCUUCACUGUCAAGAUGAAGAACGUCUCAGUUGAAGCAGUAGCUAGUAUGAAAGUUGAAAGAGACGGCAAAUUGUCAGCUCAAGAAAUCAACAUGGACAUCGGUUUCAAAGACAUAACGAUGAAUUUCGAAAAUUUAGGAUUUUUCGCCUCGAUGUUUCAAGGGGUUAUAAACUCAGUUGGUGAUUCUCUGUUCAAAUCUAUAAAACCAUUCAUACUGUCUGAAGUGAACAAUAACGUCAGAGCGGAUGUUAACAAGGAAAUUAAGAAGCUAUCAAUAACAUUCCCAAAUUCUAUUGCACCUUUUGAUCAAGUUUUCGUGAUGUUCCGACAAGAAAUAAGAAAAAGAAAUUACGAACCUUAUGUAGCCCCAGACUACAACAACACUAUUGGUAUUUUCGAUGUUUAUAUGAGAAAUACCAAAAUCUAUGGCUUAUCUUCAGUUUAUAGAAGCGGCGAUGUUUUGGUUGAAUUCAAGAAUGGUACCAUUUAUGGUUUCUUCGAAGGUGGCACCCAAAAACUCAGAGGUGUUAGUAACUGGGAGCUAUCACUAAUUGCUGGUAUCAUAGGAAAGCAAGGAAGGGUAGAAUUCACAGUAGAAUACUUCACGAUCAAAGUUAACGCCAGUCAGUCAACGAACACUGAUUUUCCACCAAGACUGGAAGACAUACAAUUAGAACUUGGUAACAUACAACUUCGGUUCGAUGGUACAGGAUCUUUGGAUUACUUGGUCGAAUUGGGAAUAAACGUAAUGCCAAAUUUGAUUCGUUAUCAAAUCAUGGAUGCUUUAGAAGGUCCAGUGAGAACCAGAAUUCAAGAGGCGCUCAAUCAAGUGAAUAUCAAGAGUUUGAUCAUUGAGAAUGCCGAUAAGAUCAAUAAUCCAGAAUCGCUCAAUUUGAUCUGAACAUAUUAUUCAGUAAUUGAAUUAGAACUUGUAGUAGAAUCCAUCUAGAGAAUUAUCCCUACAACAGCGACAUCUUUUUGCCGACAGGCUAACCUACUAAUAUGGCCUGUUUAUUUUGUUAUAGUUCACUCUUGUGGUUCUCAAAUCUGAAAAGUUUUCUCCAAAUCAAAUGAUACUUUCGAAUCAAAUUUUGGCGUGAAUGUUAUUGAUCUAAGAGGCUCUCAUGCUUGAGCUUAAUGGCUCAAAUAUAUGCAAUACCCUUAUAACUACAAGACAUUGCAUUUCAAGAACAUACGAACUUUUAACAAAAUAUUGGCAGCGUGUAUUGAAAUAUAUUCCUAUUUUAAUUGUUAAGAUUAAAUAUCUAUCAAUAUAAAUGGAUUUCCAAUUUGGAAUCAUUAAACUGUUCAAAUCUAAA